UUGCUGCGACGCACACCACCGUUGGCGCGGCUACUUGUUGCAUCAUGCCAAACCGAUAGCAAUCCUCCUGACUUUCCCUCGAAGUCCAAAAAACAGAGGCUAUUCAAGAUAGCUCGGCCGUCGAAAAGAUCUAGAACCUAUGAGAAUGACAAAAUAGACAAACUACGCGCUAUGGCCGAAUUUGGACUACGGGAAGAAGACCUUCGUGACUUACCCACAGAACCAGUACCGGUGAAGCCUACUUCGUAUGCUACUCAUCAAAGUCGGCACCUGUAUGCUUUGACGGACGUUUAUCACAAGGCUAUCCAGGUGAAGUGUCCCGUGAAUGCUUCCUAG